CCAGAGUACAGGGUAAAUUUCAUUCUCUCCCUGCAGGUGGCAGUGCCAGAUGUUGUGGAGGCUGCAAAAGAAGCCGAUAUACUUGUAUUUGUGGUGCCUCACCAGUUUAUCAGGACUCUAUGUUCAACAUUGCUUGGCAAGAUAAAACCUACGGCCGUUGGAUUGUCACUUAUCAAGGGUUUUGAUAUUGCAGACGGCGGUGGCAUUCAGCUUAUCUCACAUAUUAUUAAUAAACACUUGCAAAUUGAAGUGAGUGUGCUGAUGGGCGCUAAUUUGGCAAAUGAGGUGGCCCUGGAGAAAUUCUGCGAAACAACAAUUGGCUGCAAAAAUAAACAUAUAGCACCAGUACUCAGAGACAUUAUCCAGACUGAGUACUUCAGAGUCGUCGUCGUGGAUGAUGUAGACACCGUUGAAGUUUGUGGAGCUCUCAAGGUAAGAGGAGUUAAAAACUUGCUAGUAUGGUCCAUAGGUAAUUUAACUGUUUCAUGAAUUUCAGAGGCAAUC